CGCAGCAGCAGCUGGCGGUCGGAGCAGUACAUGGACGGAGACAAAAACGGACAAAAAGCGUGAAGGAAGCCGCGGAAUGACGGAGUGAGAGUCUGCAGAGAGAGAAGACGAGAGGAACGCUGAGCAUUGUGUCUUUCUGGAAGGUUCUGACAGCCCGAGGAGGAAGCAGAAGCCUCAUCUCUUUAUGAUGGAUCUCCACGAUAAAGAAGUCCUCCCUGGAGAGCCUCUGCCUGUAGUCGUCAUCGGUAACGGCCCCUCGGGUAUCUGUCUUUCAUACCUGUUGUCAGGUUACACCCCCUACCUGUCAGCGGAGGUGUCACACCCCAACCCUCUGCUGGAAAGGAAGCUGGCCGAGCAACCUCACCUGUCGCUGCUGGAGCAGGACCUGGAGUACCUGUGUGAGGGCUUAGAGGGGCGCUCGUCCAAUCCUGUGGCGGUGCUUUUUGAUUCGCUGCUGCUUCCUAACAGCGACUUUGGAUUGGACCACACUUCUCCACUGGAAUGGCGCUACGAGCCGGAGCGAGCCAUCCCUCACCUGGUGCUGGGGAGGGGGCCGCCUGGAGGGGCGUGGCAUGCUAUGGAGGGCUCCAUGCUGACUCUGAGUUUGGCUAACUGGAUGGAGCUUCCUGGACUCAAACUGAAGGACUGGAUAAGAGAAAAACGCAGAAAUGUUCGUAAUGACCGUGCCACCCCAGCAGAGAUCGCCUCCUACUACCAACACUACGUUUCCCAGAUGUCCCUGGAGCAGAGCUUCGCCUGUGGAACCACCGUCACAUCUGUCACCAGGCAGCCUGGCAGCAAGGAGGGAACGCCGCCCUGUUGGAGGGUGACGGGACUGCAGCGCAGAGAAGGAGAGGAGCUGGGAGACGGCUCCUCUGUGUCAGAGGAGGUGCCUUUCUCCCUGUUGGCCCACAGUGUGGUGCUGGCCACAGGGACCCACGACAUCCCGGCCAGACUCGGCGUGGAUGGCGAGUCCCUCCCCUUCGUCUGCCACUCGUUCUGGGAGCUGGAGGCAGCCAUCUCUCGGGGCGAGCUAGACCAGUCAUCAGACCCGGUUCUGGUGGUGGGGGCGGGGCUUACAGCAGCUGAUGCGGUCUUGGCCGCCCACCAUCUCAACACACCAGUCUACCACGCCUUUAGACGCUCGGUCGCUGACCCCGGUCUCAUCUUCAACCAGCUGCCGAAACUGCUCUACCCAGAGUACCACAAGGUUCACCAGAUGAUGACUCAGCAGCAGUACAGGCCGAGCCCUCCACCACAAAACUACGCCCAGAACCUUCAGAACUCAUCACCCCCUCCUUCAACCCCCCCCUCCCCCACCCUGUCUUCAACCCCCUCUUCUUACCCGGGUUACCUGAGUUUCCCACGCUACAAAGUCAUUGCGUUCCGACCUGAUAAGAAGUGCAUUCUGGAGUCAGACUCUGGCCAUCGAGUCGUGGUCCAAGUCUCUAAGGCGCUGGUUCUGAUUGGCGCUCACCCCAACCUUUCUUUCCUGCACGACAAUGGGCGUCCACUCGGUAUCUACCCAGAGGAGCCGAUCACAUGUCGGAGGAACCCCAUCGAGGUGGACCCGUUCACAAACAGUGUGGUCGCAGCAGAUGGGCCAGGCAUGUAUGCCAUGGGGCCGCUGGUUGGUGAGAACUUUGUCAGGUUCCUGAAAGGAGGAGCCUUGGCUAUCGCGAGCGACCUCGCUAAGAGACAAAGGGAGGAACAGGAGAGAGAGGGUGAAGAGCUUACCACGGAGAGGUUAAUGGACAGAUGGGUGGAUAGACGAGUCACCACAGAGUCCGAGCUUUCUGUUCUGGACUCGUAGCAGGUCAUCUGAAAUUCAACAGCUGAAUAGACUGGAGUAAACCAGCCUUCAGAUCCACGCUGAUGGAUUGAGAUAAAACAGGAACUGCAAACAAAGGAGGUCAUGUUUUCCAGGAUUCCCAGAACAGGUCAUUAAAACGUGCUGCUAAGAGGUGAAAAGUGAGCUCUACGGCUGGACUCUCCCUGCUUUGAUGGAUCUGAUAACUUAAAAUGCUGCUGCAGAUCUUGUUGAAGAAAUGCUGUCUGUUGGGACAAUGAAAUGUACCUUUAAGGGUGAGCAAACCACUGUCAUGAAAGCCUCGAUGGAGAAACUACCUAGUGCAUUUGGUCCCACUAUGCCCUACAUGUUUGUGUCUUCCUCUGUAGACACUGACCAUGAUAGCAACAUCUGUUAUCUCAGAACUUGGUAAAGUUAGCGAUAAAAUGGUCAAAACAUAUGUUUGACUUAAACAGAGAAGUUCCAGCGGCAGUCUCUUAAGGUGGCUUCACAUUAGAGAUCCAGACCUGAGUACACUUGAUGCCAAAGUCUGGUUCCUGCUGCUCACAAGCGUACCAUACUCUGCCUGAAAAGGUGGUCUCAAGUACAGUUCAUGUGGACUCUGGCGUAGUACCUGGACCAUGUGAAUGCUGCAGGGUGGAGUGGUAAAGCCUCUUUAAAAACCAUUUAUCCACACUGCAUGGAGCAGUAUCAUGCUCUGAGCUGUACAGUAGGUGAAGUAUGAAGACGGCCUCGUACUGAUAACAAAGACAUCCAUAGCAGCCUGCAGGGUGGACGCUAUUGUUCACAUGGGUGGUUGCCUUGAUGGCCUGUUGUUCUUUCUUCUUGGUGGAUUUACACCCAGAUAUGCACAUGCCUAUCCUAACCCUACCUAACCAGAGUAUGUUCCCACGUGUGCUCGUCAUGGAGCGAUCUGUGAAAGCAGACCAGCGAUGGAGAGUGGAGGGGCUAUGACACGACUGUGCUUUAUGUAAAACUAUCCUUUAAUAGUUAGAUAGGGCUGGGCCAUUUGGACCAAAAAAGGCACAAGGAUACUUUUCAGCUGUGUGGUAAUGUAAAUCAGCAUCUCCACAUUUCUUUCUGUGAAGAAAUAACAAAAACACCAUCUACAUCAAAUCUUCACAGGCACUUUUACUAACAGGCCAGUACACAACACUAACAAGUUCAUGGAAAAGGCAUAAGAUUAAACUACCUGGCACAGAAAACAUAUUUAUUUUAAGUGAAUAUACUACUUACAUGAAGUAAAAUGAAUAAAGGGGUAAUCCCGUAUCAAUACUAACUAUUUUACAUGGAUGAUAUCAUUGUCAGUGGUUCUUACCGUAAACAGUCUGGCCAGCAUCAGGCCUGGCUCUGUUUUUAUGAAUAAAAUCAACCUUAACUGUAGGUUCAAGCUAUUUGUUACCAAUAUCUGAAAAUAUUUGAACUAUUUUUAAACCAUGAUACAUUACCCAGCCCUAUGAAUAUGCACACAAAGGUAAAAUCACUGCCACCUGGUGGUCAAACAAAGCAACUACAACACUCCUUCAGUACUGUAGCAUUCUAUCUGCAAUGCGUUACCAACUUAUUAACAAUACGUAUGCUAAUCAUAGACUGUAUAUGAGAAGUGGGCGUGGCCACAGUGACGUCAUUCAUUGCCUCAUGGUCUGCCAAGUAGAGUUUUGUACCAUCCUCAUGCUGGUUCACUGAAGUUAAAAUAAUGACCAUGUUUGGAGCAAGUGAUCCCAGAUAGAGAUGAAACAUGAUCUUUUAAACGUGCAUUAAGAAACCAGUCUGAAAAACAACUUUUAUCUAUUUUCUCCUUUUUCCAGUUCAUGGUUGUUCUGUAACUCCAGGCCGGGGCUGUUCCCGUCUCAAACAUGUUCACUAAAAUGACCAAAGAGGAAUGGCAGACUGAGAGACGUUCAGUCUGGAGCCUUAAAACCAGGGUUAGGGUUUAGGAUUAUAGGACCAUUUCUAAGGCUUGCACUGAUGCAUCGGUUUAACAUUGAUGAGCAUCAGCUGAUAAUGGGGCAGGAACAUGUUUAUGUGGUGUGUUCCAUCAGUUUAAUGCUGGCUUCUUUACCAUAAGACAUCAGUCAUCGCAGACUGAUCAUCUUUCAUGGUCAAAGACUAAAGAAAGGUGGGUUACUGGAAAUCCUGGAGGGGCAUCUGCAGACCUCUAUGGUGGGGCGACCCCCCCCCCCUUACCCUAACCUUUAGGGUUCAGGUACCUAACCCUGUUAGAUUGAACUUCAUCCCCCUCAGUGAGUGUUUGAUUUUUAUUCAGAAUCUUCUGCUGUUGUGAAGAAGAUGCUUCAGUAUUUUAUCACUUGUUGUAGUUGCUCAUUAUAAAAUAGAGAAAGCUUUCCUAUUGGACACUAAAUAAUUGAAACUGUGCCUCGCUACUUUCUGAUUUGGUCCUUUAAAUCACUGACAUUUUUACUUUUAGUGGAUGUUUUUUUUAUUGUUGCUGUUUGAUAUUACUGUAUUUAGUCAAACUCAGAAUAAUAACCUGCCAAACGUCACACAGCCUCAGCCUGACCUGACUGAUGGAGUUUAUUAUCAGGUUUCUGAGGAGCGUACUGUUGGAUUUAAAACACUACUGGUGUUACUGGUUUUAUUGGUGAACACAGACUGAUGAAGGUGCGUUCUGGUCCUGAUUCUCUUUGUUUAGAACUGGUAUAUUUUUUAUAAAUGAAUGGGUUUGGUGAGAGUGAAUGUACGAUGUAACUGUACCUACCUUUAUCUAUGAUUGUUGAGUUUUAUACUUGAGAAAAAAGCAGAGAAAUAUAUAUAUUUUUUCUAUAAUUCCUCUUUGAAUUUGCUGCUGUAUGAAUAAUGCUUCACUGUGCACAUGUGUAAAAUAUUCACCUUUUGUUUUUAAGCCUUCUUUGGUUGCAGUCGUUUUUUUCUCCUGGAUUUCCAGAAUGAGAAAAAGUGGUGUUUAAAACCACACCUGAAUUAUUCUGCAGCCCUUAAUUUGGUGCUUCCAGCUCAAUUAAACUCCUUAUAUUAGUGUAGUCUUUAUUAAUAAUCAGCAUUUCUGUGCUUAACAUGAAAAGAUAAGUGGUAAAUCAUGCUAGGAUUAUUAAAUAUGACCUUUUUAAGGCUGCUACAUUGAUUUUGUAAUUCUUGGUAAGUAGAUUUGUUAUCACUGCUAUCAGAGUUUUUCGUGUGGAGGGAUUAUUUAUGAAUAAAAUCCCUGAUGUUAAAUAAAAACAUGACAUUAGUGUGGUGAAGGGGUUAAUCUGGUCCAGCCUUUAUUUUCAGGGUUAAACACCAGCGGUGCCUUUCAGACAACCUCCAUAGGAGACGUUAUUUCCACCAGCAUAAGGGAAACUCCAUCUGAAGGUGUUUGUAUGUGGUACUAAUCCUGUACAGUCUUUAUAAAUCUAACUUCAUGUUUGUAUCAGUGAGUUCUGACUGUCAGAUCUCAGUGUUCCACCUUCGUCUCUGACUUUCUAUUAAAGAUUAUUUUUGAACUAACGUCUGUGUUGUUCCUCUCACUUCAAACUUAUUUCAUGAAAUCUGUUUGGCUGUAAAACAACGUUUUAAUAAUGAAUGUGUUUGAUUCAGAGAUCUGUUGAAGCUGAGCUGGUCUGUGUUGUAUGAACCAUGACUCAUUUAUAAAUCAAUAAAAGUGAAAACAUCUGAGUGGAUGAAUACUUAUACAGUCAAGGACCAAAGUAUUGGCAC